AUGCCUGAGCCACUGUCUGCACUAUCUCCUGCCAAGCAGAACUCGCGAUCUUCUCCAACCAAGCUCAAUUUCUCGCAGAAACCAGACUUUGCUUUGUCAACAGAUGCGCCCAAGUCCCCCUCUGCGACAUCUGUUCUCACAGUCGCGCAGAACACCACAAUAGAGACAGCAAACGUACCUCCGCCCGCGAUGGAGCAUCCUUCCUCUCCUUCACCGUCAAGUCCCAGAAAGGCAUUCUCACCUAUUAAAUAUCGCCUCCAAGAUGACACAGCGAUGGCCAGCUCGCCGCCGGGGUCGCCUGCAGAAUCAACGGUGCGGUUUAAUGAUGGUCUAAUGCAGGCGAUUGAUACCAUGCAAAAGGAGGAGCAACAACAUGACGGUCUGGACAAUUCGGUUGUACAUAAUACUCAACAACACGACACUCUGGACAAUUCAGUCGUACAUCAUACUCUGGACAAAGAGGCCACGCCCUCGCCAGAUCGCGGCACAGGUGCAGACGAAUUUGACGAUAUGACACUGACGCUCACUAUCGACGACAAGACCGUUCAUGAUGAGACAGUUGGUGACCUCAGCACCAUCUCGGCCAUUCCCACAGAUAUGACGCGGUUUGCCAAUAUACGCAACUCACCUACAAAGACAUCACAAGAACCAUGGUCGCCUUCGAAACGGAAUUCUAUCAUCACUGCCACCCCAGGUACCGCCCAGCGUCCGUUGCGACUAUUGUCGACCUCGAGGCGAAGCACCUCGUCCAACGAGGAUGAUGAGCCCACCCCGCGAAGACCCCGGAACUCAAACGACAACACGACCGACCUGUUGAACUUUACUGGCCAGACCAAUAUUGUAAUCCCACCUCCCAACUCAGCACCACGGUCCAUGAGACGCAGCCCGUCAGGCCGAGGAGCAUUUCCUAUCAAAGUCAACCCGAGUCCGGUGCAUCGGUCGCAGGCUUCAGUGGACCGCGAAAGAGCAUCCGGUCGAUCCCCUCAGAAACAGUUCCAGCCUACCUUUGGAGACAAGAAUGUCCCCUCCACUCCUGCUGGCCAAAGACAAAGCUUGUACUCCACGGCAGGGGGAACUGGCCUGGACUUGUUGGAUAUCGACCUCGAGCCCAUGGCAACGCCCCGAUCGAUACCGACCAUCACACCCCGCGAACUCGAGACUCUGCGAUCGGAGCUGCAAUCACGCAUCUCGGGGUUGGAAGCCACUUUGUCUGGGAAGGAGGCGGAAGUCAUGGCCCUGAAACGAGCCAUUACCGACGCUGAAGUGCGAGUAGGCAAAACCAGUGAAGAGCUCCGAACAGAGCGGGCCUCUCGAGAGGAGUUGGAACAGGCUAAGGAAGGGUUGGAACGGCGAAGUCGGGAAAUGGAAGAGGUCCUGCGCGAGGUCAAACAGAAUAUUUUCCUGGAAGAGCGGGAGAAGGAAAAGCUGCGGCGGCAGGCCGAAGAAGCCGAACGCAAGGCCGAAGAGCACGAGGUGCGCAUUUUGGAGUUACAAGCUUCGCUGGAUACUCUGCGAUCGGAGCGUGUCAGAGCCACCCCAAGUCCGGAGAAGACCAAUGGUCCGGCGACGCCCGGCGUGAGCGCCGACAUUGAUUUCGCCGUCAAAGAUGCCACCGAAAAAGUUGCACGGGAGCUGCACGCGUUGUACAAGAGCAAACACGAACGCAAGGUGGCGGAUCUCAAGGUCAGCUAUGAGAAACGGUGGAUCAAACAAGUAGAACAGUUACGGGCGGAACUCAAGGCUUCACAGGACGAGGUGGUCAAAUUACAGACCGAGAAGGAGGCGACCAUGAGUGGAGUCAUUCCGGGCCAGAGUGAGGCACUUUCUCGCAUGGAGGGCCAGAUUGAGGAACUCCGGCGAUGGAACGAAGAGACCAUGGCGGACAAGAAAAUGCUGGAGGCCGAGGUCGCAGGACUAAGGAGCCAGGUUGACUCGUUGACGGCAGAAAGUGACUUCCUUCGCAAAGAGAUCGAACAAGAACGUGUGGAGAAGGGAGAGCUGGUCGCGCAGGUGGAUCUGUUUCUGACGAUCAGUGCUCAGCAAGAAGAGCAACGAGCGGCCCAGCAGCAAGCGCAUCGGCCGGCGAGCCCGCCUAGGAGUGAAGAUGGGAACGGUCGACCCAAUUCUGCAUCCGCCGUCGCCAGCCCAAACAAGUUCCGCAACAGCAUGAACGGAGGUGUGGCCACAGCAGGGUCCGGGUCAGGGACAGGAAGUGUUCGUCCACGGCCAAUGAGCAUGUUGCAGAAGCCGACGGCCGGCAAGUAUUCGGGAAUCCCUGCCCCUGGAUCUGGGCUGAAGGCUCCGUCGACCAAAGGACCUGGUUAUGGUGGACGGAUCAUGGAAGGCAUCGCACGCAUGGGCGCCGGAGGACGAUGA